AUUGAGCGGAAGUAGCGUAUGUCAAAUGACAUGCGCACUUCACGACAAUGAGGAAACGCUGCGUACUCGACCAUUAAACUUGUAAACAAUAGCGGCCGAGAUGCCCAUGUUUUUGGGGUCUGCUUUGGACAUGUAAAUAUAAGGCACCUUAAGUGGUCCUCAUGAGCAACAGUGCACCCGUGGGCACCGCGUUGGUGACCUCUGCUUGACACUUUUAUGAAUUUCAAGGUUUGGUACCAAACACUGUUCUACUUUGCAUGGACUCAAAGCUAAUGCGCAGGGCCACCAGCGCACGUCAAGACGCCACUGGAAUGGACAUCACCAGCCGCUGUACUCUGGGGGACCCUAACAAGCUUCCUGAAGGGGUCCCCCAGCCUGCCCGCAUGCCGUAUGUCUCAGACAAACACCCGCGGCAGACCUUGGAGGUGAUAAACCUGUUGAGGAAGCACCGUGAGCUCUGUGAUGUGGUACUUGUGGUGGGUGCCAAGAAAAUUUAUGCCCACCGCGUCAUACUUUCUGCUUGCAGUCCCUACUUCAGGGCAAUGUUUACUGGGGAGCUUGCUGAAAGUAGGCAGACUGAAGUGGUCAUUAGAGACAUUGAUGAGAGAGCAAUGGAACUGUUGAUCGACUUUGCCUACACUUCACAGGUGACAGUAGAGGAGGGGAACGUUCAGACUCUGCUUCCUGCUGCCUGUCUGCUUCAGCUUGCUGAGAUCCAGGAGGCCUGCUGCGAGUUCCUCAAGAGGCAGCUGGACCCUUCCAAUUGUCUGGGUAUUAGGGCAUUUGCAGACACUCACUCCUGCCGGGAGCUGCUCCGCAUUGCUGACAAGUUUACGCAACACAAUUUUCAAGAGGUGAUGGAAAGUGAGGAGUUCAUGCUACUUCCUGCCAACCAGUUGAUUGAUAUCAUUUCGAGUGAUGAACUGAAUGUGCGAAGUGAGGAGCAAGUUUUUACUGCGGUGAUGGCCUGGGUGAAAUACAGCAUUCAGGAGCGCAGACCACAACUACCACAGGUUCUGCAACAUGUUAGACUACCACUCCUCACCCCCAAGUUCCUCGUGGGCACUGUGGGGUCAGACCCACUCAUCAAGAGUGAUGAGGAGUGCAGAGACCUGGUGGACGAGGCUAAGAACUACCUGCUCCUGCCACAAGAAAGGCCACUGAUGCAAGGCCCAAGAACCCGGCCUCGGAAACCCAUACGUUGUGGAGAAGUCCUUUUUGCAGUUGGUGGUUGGUGCAGCGGGGAUGCCAUAUCCAGUGUGGAACGUUACGAUCCCCAAACCAAUGAGUGGCGGAUGGUGGCAUCAAUGAGUAAACGGCGUUGCGGAGUGGGUGUCAGUGUCCUGGAUGACUUGCUUUAUGCUGUAGGAGGGCAUGACGGCUCCUCCUACCUCAACUCAGUAGAAAGAUAUGAUCCAAAGACCAACCAGUGGAGCAGUGACGUGGCCCCAACUAGCACCUGUCGCACCAGUGUAGGUGUGGCUGUUCUAGGUGGAUAUUUAUACGCUGUGGGAGGACAGGAUGGUGUUUCCUGUCUCAACAUUGUUGAAAGGUAUGAUCCAAAGGAGAACAAAUGGACACGUGUGGCCUCAAUGAGCACCAGGCGACUGGGUGUCGCUGUGGCUGUGCUAGGGGGUUUUCUGUAUGCUGUUGGUGGGUCUGAUGGGACAUCGCCGUUAAAUACAGUGGAGCGUUACAAUCCUCAGGAGAACCGAUGGCACACGAUAUCUCCAAUGGGUACUCGACGAAAGCACCUUGGCUGUGCAGUCUACCAAGACAUGAUUUAUUCUGUCGGAGGCCGGGAUGACACAACAGAGCUGAGCAGUGCUGAGCGUUACAAUCCCAGGACUAACCAGUGGUCUCCUGUGGUUGCCAUGACAUCUAGACGGAGUGGGGUGGGCCUAGCUGUGGUCAAUGGUCAGUUGAUGGCAGUUGGAGGAUUCGACGGGACGACAUAUUUAAAAACUAUAGAAGUUUAUGACCCUGAUGCCAAUACGUGGAGGUUGUACGGAGGAAUGAAUUACCGACGACUAGGUGGUGGAGUGGGCGUCAUUAAAAUGACUCACUGUGAAUCCCACAUUUGGUAACGCUACCUCCCCCACAGACAUGCACACUUUGACGUGGAUGCCAGCAACACUCAUACCUCCAUAAAAGACUGUUUAUGUGAGAAUGAGAGAAAUGUUUGGACAAACGACACUGAAAGCGGAACAUAUUUCCUGUUCAUUUCUCCUGCAAGGUUGUCAUCAACUUUUCAAACUGUUGUCUUCAGUGAUUGUACGUGAUCACAUCCUUAUGGUGUGAGAAUGCAAACAUCUAUCAAGCAUCACUGCACCGCCUGAUUGGAGAGGUAGUUAUAUGUUCCCUUCCCAGUGACUUGGUCUUGGUUUUACCCUCUAAACAUUUAGCUCAAAAUCAGGUUUGUAAACAUGUAAGCAAUCAUUGACUCUAAACCUGAGAGUAAGGGAGGAUGUUUGAAGAUUUCAAUAGCUCUUUGGUCUUUUCCCAAACCGACCCCAAAACUGGCAAAAUAAAACCCCAUACAGCAUCCAGUAAAGAAAUAAUUUUAUCUCUCUCCUUUGCGGUAGAAAUUGUCUAGACUGAUAAAUACUAACUCGAUAUACACUCUCCCAGUCUUCGUACCUAGCUUUAGUCUGUUAAGGGUCAAGUCUGUAUUAUAAACAGGAGUUCAAAUUUAUAUGGAUACUUGGUGACAAAAGGCAGUUUCAUCAUCCACCACUUGCCAACAGAGAAAAGGGACAAGGAGGAAGUUACAUCAUAUUAAAGAGACUGCAUAUUGCACAUUUUACUUUGUUUGAAAAGAUCUUUUUGGGCUCAUCAUACAUUGAGACUCCAAAACUUCUGAUGCUCACUGAUUCUUGACUCUUGUUCUGAAACUCCUCAUUCUGUUUGCAGCUGACAGGCACAAUUGCGUUUAGUUCUAUUCGUAUUAAUUACCAAUUUAGUUCCUCCCUUCUAAACUGUUACAAACGUGGUAGCAGACCCCUUGAAUUCUUUCAGGAGAGAAACUAGAGAUUCUUCUAUCAAUCACUGUCUUUACUUGAGUAGGAAUAACUGCCAUUUAAAUUGAAUGGUCUUUUGGGAUUAUACAGUACUGGAAUGUUGGGAAAGAUCACAAGAGUAUGAGAUUUAAGAUAUUUUUGCACAAUGUCCCGAAAUUUAAAAAGUUGAUUUUCUUUUUAAAGAAAAAAUAAAGAGGGUGUGUGGGGGUCAGUUAUGAUAACAUUUUCGUAAAUGUAGAGUUAAUAUAUUGGUUAUGGACCCUAUUCAGAAACACAGUUUACUUAGUGAGUAUUGCAGGCUACAGACCCUGUUUAAAUCAAAUUUUCCCCAAAAUGAGAUUGAGGCAAUAAAGGCAGUGACCAUCUAGUAGGCAAUACUGAUGAUUUUGUUCUGAAAUAGAGGCUACUUACUGGAUUGUUGGAUAUUUUAUAAAGUAAUUUCCCUAAUGAAGACAAUUUAAGUAUUUGUUUAAAAAUUGGUAUUUGAUUGGAAUGUGUCAAUGACUUGAAUUAAUAAACCCUUAUUUAAUAUGAAUGUCGACAUAAUCUUGUGUCCCCUUGCAUGAUCAAUGCAUUUUGGUCGUGUUACGUCACAGGGUCAUUGUGUGCAGCACUGUGAUACAAUGGCUCCAUCUGCUGUACCCUGCCUGAUAGUGCCACUCUUCUCUGUUCAUGGUUAAAGUGUCCUGGUGGUCGUCUUCGAGUGUGAAAAUAAUUUUGACAAAGGUUUGGAUAUGCAGGAUGUAUUCCAGUGCAUCUAGAAGUGUGUUUUGGAUUAAAAAAUGUCUUUAAUUUUGUUCACUUCCAAAACUGUAUAGAUAUUCCAAAGUCACCAGCUGUAUUUGAUGCAGAUAUGUAGACUGUUUAAUGCAUUGGUGCUCUAAAACAGUGGGCUUUUUGAAAUAUUUGUUUUAGGUGUUUGUGGGUAUUUUUUUUUGAUGCUGUAAUCACAAAGCUCGUGAUGGUAAAUGUUAAAGGCAGCUAAGAUGUGGUUUCACCAUUUCACAAAUUAACAGAUGGAAUCUAGGAUUAGUGGUCAGUCUCCAUGUCACGUUCCACAAUGUAGUUAUGCAGGUUAUCUUACCUACAAAUGCAUCCCUCUCAAAAUGUCAACUUCAACCAUUUCAUGUUUAAGUUUUUACUUUUUAAUCAACAUUGAGAGUAAAGCCCAGUUUUUGAAAACAAAAGUGAAGUUCUCUUUAAGAAAAUUUUUCCUCUAAACUGCCUGAUUCAAUUAUACACUCAGAAAUAUUACUUUUCACUGCCAUUGUGUAAUGUACCACACAACUUUUCUUUUGUGACAAUGCAUUUGUUUUUUAUUUAACGAGGCAAAUGUGCUGUAACAGCUGAAGGAGUGAGCCGUAAAAGGAAAAAAAAAAUCAUGAACGAGUAUGUCAUUAUUUUUUUUUUAUUUUUGGGAAGCACAGUUACUUUUCCCUCCCUUAAGAAAAGCCUUCAUUUGAAUACUUUUACACCUUUUUGAAAAGGUCUUGACACGAUAACCGGGCAUGUCUGUAUGCGGUUCUUAACUUUAGGGCAAUUUCCCAGGAAUUAUUUGCUCUGAACUUGCUUCCCUUGUAUUGAAGGACUUAUGUCAAGGGGGUCUUAAAUGUGACCCAUACGGAUUCUGAACACAGAUUCAUAUCAAAGUAUGGUCUGAACAUCAAAAAUUUUAUUAUAAAUAAAAUAUGUUUUUGUGAAAGAA